AUGUUAAGAAUCGUUACUGCUAUCAUAAAAUAGCCAAGAUUUUGUUUUGUAUCUGUAUCACUUAUACAUUCUAGAGUUAUUGGUACCAACAUAAAAAGACAAUUGAUCCUGCGUAAAUUAAUCUUCUAAUUAGAAAAACAACAGUAUAUUAAACUGCACUCCAUUCAUCUGGCUUUAGAUUCAAGUAGAGAGAUCCAAAUUUUGUCAUAAAUUAAGGUUCAACAAGCUAAUUUGCUUUUAGUUUUAGGAAAUAGUAAAAUCCCAAAGGAAUUGAACAAAUAAUUAAUCCCAUUAGUAAAGAUGUACCAAUUUCAUAAAUAGAAGAAUUGA